GUGCUAUACGUCUAGCGAUACGAAACCCAUUGGUUGUACAGCACUGUCAGCACUACAGCACUGUAUGCCUCAGUCUAUGCCUUGUGUUAAGCCAUAGCCUAUGCCAUAGAGAGAGUGUGUGUUGUGUCGCCAUUUCAUACACUAUUCGCACAUUAAAUACCAUUCAAUACUCCUUCAGUCGCAAAGUCUGCCCGAUUUUGAGUCACACAACUAUCACCACAACUGUUCCCAUCGUUGAACGGAUCCAAUUCAUCCAUCACUAGCCAUAAGCCAUGACUUCGACGACAGAGACGGCGACCGCUGGCACCGACCAGACUGUGAACAACACGACCGGCACUCAAGAGCCGGUUUCGCCCGUAAGCGAGAACGAGACGACCGAACAGCAGACGGAGGCCUCCAAUACGGAGUCGGCGAGUCCUAAGAAGGCCGCUCUCCCGAAGCCCACCGUUCAUAAAGUGGACUACGAGAAGGACACCGUCUACUUGUAUCAGUUCCCCCGAUGCCCGGCCAUCGUCUCGACGUCGCCCUUCUGUCUCAAAGUGGAGACCUGGUUGAAGAUGAACGACAUCUCAUACGAGAACGUGGACUUCAAGACGAGCGUCAAGUCAAAGAAGGGUCAGUUGCCGUUCGUGGAGCUGAAUGGCAAAGAGAUCGCCGAUUCGGACAUUAUUAUCCGCGAUCUGUCCAAACAUUUCGACAAAGAUCUGGACUCGGGAUUGACUGCCGAACAGAAGACUGUGAGCCACGCCUUCGUCUCGAUGCUAAACAACCACACGAGUUGGGUGGUGCGUUGGUGGCGAUACAGCAAUCCCCAGAAGUACAUCGAAUCGGCUAAAAUGGAUCUGAAGCGCGCGGUCAACACCAAACUGCCCGCACCUGUGGUCGGCUUUCUCUUCAAAUUAGAGUUCAAACAGAACGUUAAGCACGUCGUCGGACACGGAUUAGGCCACCACUCAGAAGAAGAGAUCUACGAGUUUGGCAGGUCUGACCUCAAAUCUCUGAGCGAU